AGUUCGGUUCGUAACGAUGGCUGCCGUACACCGUUUUAGUCGUUUUAAACCAAUAGUCUGGUUGGUUCUGCUGGGCACCUGCUGCCUGUUGUUGACCGGAAUCACUGCUCGUCCUAGCUGGGAAACUGAGAACGCAGCUCGCCAGUAUCUGGACCAGCUGGAGUCCGAGAUAUUGAGGUACAGAAACGAGGGCUCGGAAGCAUCCUGGGCGUACGACUCGAAUCUUACUGAGGAGAAUCUCAAAGCCUUGAACGAACUGCGAACUAGGAACGCCAACUACUUCAAGAGCCUUGCCCAAGACCUGUCGAAGUACGAUUUCAAUAAUUUCAAGGAUCAAGAUUUGAAGCGUAGAUUCCGAAAGCUCACCAGCCUUGGCUAUGCUGCACUGCCGGAGGAUAAAUACACCCAGCUAUUGGAUGCUGUUUCGAGCAUGUCGGCCAACUAUGCCAAGAUUAAAGUGUGUGAUUACCAUGACCAGUCCAAGUGUGAUCUGUCGUUGGAACCGGAACUGACGGAAAUAUUUGCCACCAGCCGUGAUCCGGAAGAGCUGAAAUAUUACUGGACCCAAUGGUAUGAUGCUGCCGGAGCACCUACUCGUGAGGACUUCGACGCCUAUGUGGCUUUGAACCGAGAAGCCGCAAAGAUUAAUAACUACAGUUCAGGAGCCGAAGCGUGGUUGGCUGCUUACGAGGAUGAUACAUUCGAAGAUCAGGUGGAUUCAGCUAUGAAUGAAAUCAUGCCACUGUACCAACAAAUUCAUGCCUAUGUCAGAUACAAGCUACGAGAGAAAUAUGGCGACGAUAUUGUUUCCGAGAAGGGACCUAUCCCGAUGCAUCUUUUGGGCAACAUGUGGGCUCAAACUUGGGACAAUAUUGCCGAUUUCACCACCCCAUUCCCGGAUAGUCAGCUUCUGGACGUGACUGAAGAAAUGGUCAAGCAAAACUACAAUCCAAUCCAAAUGUUUGAAAUGGGUGAUGAGUUUUUCGUAUCAUUGAAUAUGACCAAGCUACCUCAGACUUUUUGGGAGAAGAGUAUUCUGGAGAAACCGGACGAUGGACGUGAUCUAAUCUGUCAUGCUAGUGCGUGGGACUUCUCCAAAGAUGAUGAUGUACGAAUUAAACAGUGUACUCGUGUGAAUAUGGAGGACUUUUUCACCGUGCAUCAUGAGCUUGGUCACAUUCAGUAUUACCUGCAAUAUCAACACCAACCGAAUAUGUAUCGCGGCGGUGCCAAUCCUGGAUUCCAUGAAGCAGUUGGAGAUGUAAUUUCGCUUUCGGUAUCAACUCCGAAACAUUUGGAGCGUAUCGGUUUGCUGAGCAACUUUGUUCUCGAUGAAAACGCUAAGAUAAAUCAGUUCUACCGUUCUGGAUUGGCCAAACUUGUAUUCCUUCCAUUCGCUUACACCAUUGAUAAAUACCGUUGGGGAAUAUUCCGAGGGGAUAUCAAACCGGAAGAAGCCAAUUGCAAGUUCUGGGAGCUACGGUCAAAGUUCUCUGGAAUCGAGCCACCAGUAGUUCGUUCAGAAGAAGACUUCGAUGCACCAGCCAAGUAUCACGUAUCAGCUGACGUAGAGUACCUUCGUUAUCUGGUGUCGUACAUUAUUCAGUUCCAGUUCCACAGAUCAGCUUGCGAGCUGGCCGGCGAAUACGUGAAAGGUGACCCGGAAAAGACGGUGAAUAAUUGUGACAUUUACCAAAGUGCUGAAGCCGGAAACGUAAUCAAAGCUAUGCUAUCGAUGGGAUCUUCCAAACCAUGGCCAGAUGCAAUGGAGGUGCUGACCGGUCAAAGGCGUAUGAGCGCUGACGCGCUUUUUGAGUACUUUGAACCACUCUAUGAAUGGUUACAAGAAGAAAACAAGCGGCUCGGAGCUUACGUCGGCUGGGAGGAAACAGAAAAAUGCAAAACGGCCUAAUCCAGGAGGAUGAAAGGAAACUGUGCAACUAGGUAAUUAUUUAGAAAUGGCUCGUGGAAGCAGCUGUUGUUGGAAUGUUUGAAGUGUUAGUUUCUACAAUUUUCAAUUUCAAUCAAAUCAUCUAUCAAAUUGGUGUAACUUGGCUAUUUUUCUUGAAAUAAACAAGUGACUUGAAA